AUGGGAGAUAUCGCCGCCGCCCUUCAAGCCGCUGAGCUGAUCCCCAACCCCUUGCCAGUUCCGCCACAACAACUUUUAAACGUAAGUCAUCAAUUUUUCCUACUGUAAUAUCGAUUAUACCACAACAAAAAUUUUUAAAAGGUGACAUUAAAUAUUGUGUAUUUUGAAAAGCUUUUCAAAACAAAAUUUGCUGUAAUAAACAUCCGUAUUUUAGAACUUUUAUUAAAAUUUCAAAAUUAUGAUUUUUCCUUUAAAGCUAAAUUUCAGGUGCAAUUUGCGGGAAUCAAAGUCACCCCAGGACAAGAAAUCGCUAUGCAUCAUUUGAAGAAUGCCCCCAGGGUAACCCUAAAUGUCGAUCCUGAGUCCACAUUCUCUUUGGUUAUGAUUGGUAGGUCAUUUUAUAUUAUAGUAUACAUACAUAUAAAAUGAUUUCCAAUGUAUUUGAACUCAAUUUUAGACCCCGACAAUCUCUCCCGGAAGAAUCCCUCAGUCGCUGAAUGGCUUCAUUGGCUUGUCGCCAACAUCCCUGCCAGCAACAUUCAAGAGGGAAUCAAUGGAGGUAAAAAAUAUAUUAUAGUAGCCAUACACCCCAGUAAUAUCGAAUUUAUGGCUUAUAAUAACAUUAAAUUUUGCUAAAACUACAUUCAGGUCAACACCAACAGCCCUAUGGAUCUCCGGCUCCUCAGCCACGAACCGGAGACCAUCGCUAUUUGAUCGUUCUCUUCGAACAUCAAGGUCGUCGGAUCUCGGUUCCAAAGCCAAAUUCUCGGGCCAAGUUCAGCCUGAAACAAUUCAUCGAGAAGAACAAGCUCGGCAAGUCUCUAAUCCUCGUAUUUUAUCUAGAAAAUCUCCAUUUCAGAUGCCCCAAUCGCUGCCAAUUUCUUCAUCUCCAAGAACCCCACACAAUAA